GCUGUGUCAGAGAUUGCCAAGCUGGGAAAGCUUGGUUGUAGAGCAUGCACUGUGAGAUAUACACUGCAGUGAAACACAAAGCAGGCUAGGCUGUGUUGGACUUCAAAUUGUUAUUUCUUCAGCAUUUAUUUAGUGACAGCCGAAACAGAAUGAUAAGAGAAAAGAAAGAACAUAUAAUUUUCUCUUAAAGCUAAUCACGCAGUAAAGGAGAAGAAAUAAAAAGGUAAAGGUUGGAAACCCUCUAGAUUAAGAAGUGACAGCCUCAGUAACACCAUAAACAAAAACCUGAUCGGGGUGGCAGACAAGCUUGCUGAAAAGAACUAAACAGGGUCAGCAGGUUCAUCGAAAUAAAUCGAGCUACUAGAGAAAGGAUGGAAAAUGCCCACACAAAGACGGUGGAGGAAGUUCUCAGCCAUUUUGGAGUGAAUGAAACAACAGGUCUGAGCUCUGAACAAGUGAAACGGUUAAAGGAGAAAUGGGGACCAAAUGAACUGCCAGCAGAGGAAGGAAAGUCACUCUGGGAACUAGUACUUGAGCAGUUUGAAGAUUUGCUGGUCCGAAUUCUGUUAUUAGCUGCGUGUAUAUCUUUUAUUUUAGCCUGUUUUGAGGAACGGGAGAAGACUGUAACUGCAUUUGUUGAGCCUUUUGUAAUUCUGUUGAUCCUUGUAGCAAAUGCUAUCAUUGGAGUUUGGCAGGAACGCAAUGCAGAAAAUGCAAUUGAGGCACUAAAGGAAUAUGAGCCAGAAAUGGGAAAAGUUUACCGGCAGGACCGGAAGACUGUACAGAGGAUAAAAGCACGAGACAUUGUUCCAGGAGAUGUUGUAGAAGUGGCAGUUGGUGAUAAAGUACCAGCAGAUAUCAGAAUCACAUCCAUUAAAUCCACAACACUAAGAGUGGAUCAGUCCAUUCUAACAGGGGAGUCAGUGUCUGUGACAAAGCAUACAGAUCCAGUCCCAGACCCUCGAGCUGUGAACCAAGACAAGAAAAACAUGCUUUUCUCAGGUACCAAUAUUGCUGCUGGCAAGGCAGUUGGUGUGGUUAUAGCCACAGGUGGUCACACUGAAAUCGGUAAGAUAAGGGAUGAAAUGGUUGCUACAGAACAAGAGCGUACACCACUACAGCAGAAGCUUGAUGAGUUUGGAGGACAGUUAUCUAAGGUUAUCUCUGUCAUUUGCAUUGCUGUAUGGCUCAUCAACAUUAGCCACUUCAAUGACCCUGUGCAUGGAGGCUCCUGGAUUCGAGGUGCAAUCUAUUACUUCAAGAUUGCUGUGGCAUUAGCAGUGGCUGCUAUUCCUGAAGGUCUUCCUGCUGUCAUCACUACUUGCCUAGCAUUAGGGACAAGGCGAAUGGCCAGGAAGAAUGCCAUUGUCCGCAGUUUGCCUUCUGUUGAGACGCUAGGUUGCACAUCUGUGAUCUGCUCAGAUAAGACUGGGACACUAACUACCAACCAGAUGUCUGUCUGCAGGAUGUUCAUCAUUGAUAAUGCGGUGGGGAACAGCUGCUCUUUGAGUGAGUUUUCUGUCACUGGAUCCACGUAUUCACCAGAAGGAGAAGUAUUAAGGGAUGGCCGACCAGUGCAAUGUGGGCAGUAUGAUGGGCUUGUCGAACUGGCUACCAUCUGUGCACUGUGUAAUGAUUCCGCACUUGACUAUAAUGAGAUUAAAGGAGUUUAUGAGAAGGUGGGAGAAGCUACAGAGACUGCUCUGUGCUGUUUGGUCGAGAAGAUGAAUGUUUUCAACACCAAUUUGAGAGGAUUAAGUAAAGUUGAGCGAGCAAAUGCCUGUAACUCGAUGAUUAAACACUUGAUGAAAAAGGAGUUGACACUGGAAUUCUCACGUGAUCGGAAGUCUAUGUCAGUGCUUUGCUCCCCCAACAAACCCUCCCGUUCUGCUUAUGGCAGCAAGAUGUUUGUCAAGGGAGCCCCAGAAGGCAUUUUGGAACGCUGUCACAGUGUCCGUGUUGGUACACAGACAUACCCUCUUACUUCGGGAGUACGUGACCACAUCAUGUCUGUCAUCAGGGAAUGGGGUUCUGGGAGAGACGCCCUAAGAUGCCUUGCACUUGCCACUCGAGAUCAACCACCUAAGAAGGAGGACAUGUACCUGGAGGACUGUAAUAAAUUCAUUGAUUAUGAGGUAGAUCUGACCUUUGUAGGCUGCGUUGGAAUGCUUGAUCCACCACGAAAGGAGGUUGCAGCAGCAAUCAGGAUGUGCCGGCAAGCUGGGAUUCGAGUAAUUAUGAUCACUGGUGACAACAAAGGGACGGCUGUAGCUAUCUGCCGACGUAUUGGAAUAUUUGGUCCUGAUGAGGCAGUUGGAAAUAAAGCUUUCACAGGAAGGGAAUUUGAUGAACUCUCACUAGCAAUGCAGAAAGCUGUCUCUCAGGAGGCACGCUGUUUUGCCAGAGUUGAACCGUCUCAUAAAUCCAAGAUUGUGGAAUACUUGCAGUCAUACAGUGAAGUUACAGCCAUGACAGGUGAUGGAGUAAAUGAUGCACCUGCACUGAAGAAAGCUGAGAUUGGCAUAGCCAUGGGGUCUGGCACUGCUGUGGCCAAGUCUGCCUCCGAGAUGGUACUAGCAGAUGACAACUUCUCAACCAUUGUGGCUGCAGUAGAAGAAGGGCGUGCCAUCUACAAUAACAUGAAGCAGUUCAUCCGAUACCUUAUCUCAUCUAAUGUUGGUGAGGUGGUCUGUAUUUUCCUGACAGCAGCCCUAGGCAUGCCUGAAGCUCUGGUCCCGGUCCAACUGCUCUGGGUAAACUUGGUGACAGAUGGAUUGCCAGCUAUGGCUCUUGGCUUCAACCCACCUGACCUGGACAUCAUGAGCAAACCACCACGGAACCAUAAGGAGCCACUUAUCAGUGGCUGGCUCUUCUUCCGUUACCUCAUCAUUGGCUGUUACGUAGGAGCAGCAACAGUUGGUGCUGCCGCUUGGUGGUUCAUGGCUUCUGAAGAUGGACCAAAAAUUAAUUUCUACCAGCUGAGUCAUUACCUUCAGUGCAACAGUGAGAAGACAGAGUUUGUUGGUGUUCACUGCUCCGUUUUUGAAUCUCCUGUACCCAUGACAAUGGCACUGUCAGUGCUGGUUACCAUUGAGAUGUGCAAUGCCCUUAACAGCUUGUCUGAGAACCAGUCCCUUCUGAAGAUGCCCCCAUGGGACAAUAUGUGGCUUCUUGGUGCCAUUUGCCUGUCUAUGUCACUGCACUUCCUGAUUCUGUAUGUGGACCCACUGCCGGUCGUGUUCCACAUCAGCCCACUAAACUUGGAGCAGUGGGUGACAGUACUGAAAAUGUCCCUACCUGUCAUCCUUCUGGAUGAAGUCCUGAAGUUUCUGGCUCGCAACUAUGUGGAACCCAGUCAGGAGCUGGAGGAGGCAAAUGGGAAGCCCUAUGGACUUUUGGGCUGUUUCCGUGGCUUGUCAUGGCCCUUUAUUUUACUUGCAGUGCCACUUGUACUGUGGAUUUACAGCAUGGACUCCAACAUAAGCUAUAUGUUCACUUCAUAAGAUACGUGCACAUUGCUACCUUGACUGUGUGUGUAUGAUGGUGUGAAAAUGUUGCCACCAAGUGUGUGCAUGUGAAUGAAUCAUGAAUGAAUCGUCAAGAGAGUGUGCUUGUGUGAGUGUGUGAGCGUGCACAUAUUUGUGGAUUUUAAGAAUGUGUGCACAUUUGAGAGGUUGUCUGUAUCACUAAUAACAUGGUACAGGAGGCAUACUUAGACUGCCUUUUAUAAACGAAUAACACAAAUGUGAGGUUAUAUAAAUUACUGUGUGUGUUUGGCUGUGUAUGCAUGUGUGCACUUGAAAAUUUGAAUACGUAAACUAUAAGCAGUCUUCUGUUACUAGUUAACAUGAAGAUACUUAGAUGUUUGCUGUAAAUCUGUGUGUGUGUGUGUGUGUGUGUGUGUGUGUGUGUGUGUGUGUGUGCGCGUGUCUAGUGUUAGAAUUGUCAGCAGGAUCAGCUCAUGAUUCGCCUUGUGCAGUUUCAAGGUACAAUCCAAGAAAUCAGAUGAGAAAUAAAUGUACUAAGAGAAAUUGGGACCAAGUUGGUAAGACAGUGGUGGAUAAAGGCUCCAGAAACAGUACAGGUACAUUUGAAUAGGGUAUAAAAAUACAGCUGCAUUUGUUUUUUUUUCACAAAUUGAUUUUCUUAUUUGCUAUACAGUGGUCCACCUUUUGGAAGUAUAAGUAGGGCUAUAUAAACAAUUGACUGGGAGUACAGACAUGGGGCGACCUGAGCAUUCAGGUGUUUGGAGGUACUGGGCUGCCUCGAAACAUACAGAUGUACAAAGAAGCAAGACUGUUUAAACAUGCAUCAGUGUCUAUAUCAUUUAAACGAAAGUUCAUAAUGUUGAUCGCUGUAAACAGCGAAAAUGCUGAUAAUCGAUGUCUGUUUUGUGAGAUCGCAGUGCAGUGAAGAUUGGGAAUUUUGCCCUUUCCUCACUGUAGUACGAGUUGGUAUAUAUAAUUAGCGGGGGGGGGGUUUCGAUUAUCAGCAUUUUCGGUGUUUGCAGCGAUUGACAUUCUGAACUUUCAUUUAAAUGAUAUAGACCCUCAGUGGGCGCAGGCAAAACUUGACAGAUGCAAAUAAAUGCAGUGCACAGUAGUUAUUCAUUUAGUACAUUGUACUUUUGGAAAUCCUGCCCUUGUGUGUUGUUCAAAGGAGUCUAAGCCUACAUAAGAAUGUAACUGAAAAUGAAAGUAAAUGUGUGCAUCUGUGUUGUGUGUUAUCAGAAAUUUUUUUACUGUAUUUAUUGUUCUUGAAUGCCUGUGGAUAGUUAGCUCUUUGUAAACAUCUGAAUAUGUGUGAUGUGGUGCAUGUUUGACACUACACUGUCAAGCAUCGUCAUGUCAGUGCUGCUGAAAUAUAUUCCAACUGUUUCUUUGCACUACAAACUGGAGUAUAUGAGGCUUCCAUCAUUUCACACUAUUGGUGUAAGCAUCGGGCACAGCAUUGUGUCAUGGAAUUCCUUAUGGAAUGGUGAGAAUUAUGGCAUAUUCUUAUCUGAGUUCAUUGAUGUUCCCAUUCUUAAAGGAUCUCUGCAUACAGUUGAUGAAAGUUCAUUUGUUCUUCCAGCUGUCUAAACCGCUCUUCAGAGGGUCUACAUAAUGUUUUACUGAAGGGGAGAAGUAUUGUAAAAUACCAGUACUGGGCCACUUGAAUUUCUGUGGGUCCUAAGAAUGAUGUAAUUUCCACUGGCUUUGCCUUUCCAUAACAGAACUUCUAUUUUUUUUCAUUAUUGCUUUACUGUUGCAUUCUUCAGGUGUCAUUUUUGGGACCACUGCAUUUUAAAGGGAAAAUCCAUACCUAAAACUGAUCCAUAAAUUAAACCUGAAUGUGUAAGUGUCUGACAGCAUUAUGACCUCAUUGUCAGUCUCUAUGUAAAAUGUUGCUUUCACUUGCUGAUCUGUGUAUGCUCUAUUGUUUCAUUGGUUUAAUCCUGGUUCUUCUAGAAGUCGUCCACCUUUAAUAACUGCCAUGAUCAGAGUCCCCACUAGUGGCUUUGGUAGUACCUGUUUUCUUCAGUUUAUGUGGAAGCCAACAACUAACCCUGCUCAGCUGGUAUACUAACCAGGCAAUACCCCAACCCACUGUUGAUGUCCAUUAAGUAAAGCAUCAUUCACAGUCUUGACGUGUGAUCCUUCUAUGCAGGCUUAAUUAUGAAGGCACAAUAAGUAACUUACCAGAGAUUUAAACCUCAGCAGCUCUAACAAGAUUAAAAUUUAAGAUCUGUGAACUUGUCAGCUGAUUAAGUCAAAUGGCUGGCUUUAUCCUUAAGCUAGCUACUCCAGAAAUCAUUUGCUAGACUAGGAAAGUGGUUGUAGAGCAACCUGGUCCACCUGUCCCACUGUUUUUUUUUUUUAUUGGAGUGGUGUUUGAUGAAGGAUGAAGAGGAAUAAACUUGCAGGUAACAUAGCCACAGAGCGUGCUGGCAGAAUCCUAUGUACACUAUAGACUUUUGCAGUUCAGGACUGCCCAGCUACAUAUUACCUUUGGUUAGUAGAUUAGGAGCUGAGGUCUUUGCUUGGCCUUGAAGCAGUGGGAAGUUACUGAACAAACUGACAAAGCCAUACUUUGCCUUGAACAAUGCAUAUAUAUCUAGAGAUGAUAGAAGCUUGCAUUCUGGAGAAGCAAAAUUGGUUGAAGCUUAAUGGGCAUGAACAACCCACAUCUGAGAAAGAAAUUAUAUCCUCAGCAUGGUAUAAAUGGACAAGGCCAUGCCUAGUCAUCAAAUGGUUUGCAUUUCAUAUAGAAAAACUUAAUUUUAAUGCCUUUUUCAGUCUCCUGCCCUACUUUUCAUCGAGGCAGAUUUUUCCAGUGUUACACAGUAGCCAUCAGCAGUGUGAUCUGGGUGUCAUACAAACCCACAUAUAUAAAUUCACUGGGGCAUGAUCUUUCUUUACACAGUCAUGCACUUCACAUGAGUAGUGGCUUGUGUGUCACACAGUGGCUUGCAUAUUUUCUGUGUGAAACACCAGCAUUGCACUUGGUAUGUCGUAAUGGUUUGUUUGCCACACACAGUCAUAUGCACACACUGGUGUGUGAACCUUCAACUGAUGCAAAAUCAACAUCUUUAGAGAUUUACAAGCUAUACAAAGUCCUGUGUCAUUCACUGUGGUAUGAUCCUUCAGCUGUAGCAUAGUGGGCAUCUUGUAUGGCUUUCAUGGCAUAUAACAUCACAUGGGAACAUUCACUGUGGUUAAAUCCUUCCUUCAGCUACUGCACAUGGUCGUUACUAGCAGCCUUUCAUGUAGUCAUCUGCAUAAAUCACUAUUGAACAAAGCUUCUACUGUUACACCAUGGUCAUCAACAGUAGAUGUGUUAUAUUAUGAUGAUGGGACUUGUCACAGGGGACUGAAAAGUGUGUCUUGCACUUUAUUGCAAGAUGACUUCCAUUGUUAUAUAGUGAAAACAGGCUUGCUUUGCUGUUUUCAUGCUCAUGAAAUGGAUACUUAUGAAAUAUUACUGUAGUAGAUUACUGUUAUGUUAAUAGGUUCAUAUGUGUUUACUAGGCUAAUGACCACAAGGGCCUUUUUAAGCUUAGCAUUAUAUCCCAAAUCUCUGACAAGUUCUGAAACCCUUGAUACGUGCAAGCAGGGGCUUGGGAGAUGAAACAUUUACAAGCAUGUCAGUCAUAAAAAGAGUAAAGGUUGGUACAUUAUGGAGUCACUGACACAGAGGCACAUUGCUCUACAUUUGUUCUCACAUUCCAUGUACUUUAGAUCAGCCUCUGAUGUGGAUAUAAGAAAUCUAAUAAAGUAGCAUGUAGGCAUCAAUUAAUUAGAAACUAGUCAAGAAUGCUGAAAAACUGCUAUCCUUACAAGGAGCAGCAUUCAUGAAUUACAACAAUUAGAAGUUUGAGAAGGAUAUGCCAUUCACAUGACACAGAUGAGAGACCUAUGGCAGCUGUCCUAUUUUGAAAUCUGUCCAGUCACAUAACUUUGAUUAAAUGCAUGUCACAAAAUCCAUUUAUCUUUUACAAUAGUAGACAAGGAGCAGUACAGGACAGGCUAAACCUAAACCAACUUAAGCAGUGGAAUGAAUGCUGUUAACACUCCGGAAUGAUGAUAGUUUGACUCUUAAACCAAUAAUGCUGCCUCUCUAAGCAUUCCAUGUAUUAAUCUGUAAUAAACACUGUGAUAAUGGAGUUACUUAAGCCAGUACAAAAUCCCAAGCCAAACCUCCAGGCAUGUAAUUUCCAGUAUGGAAAAAAAAAGAUUUUGAUUCCUUAGUAAUGCUCCUUUGAGUAUUGCUAAGUGAAUCAAAAUUUGAUUUUCAGUCUUCGUUUAUCUUGACAUAUCUUGUCACUGCAUUCAGUUUCCAUUUGAAGGAACACUGACUAAGUAUGUUGUCAUUCCAAAUUUAUUUAUUUUUUAUUUUCAAAAAGUUUCCAUGUGUGCUGCUUUUUCCUUGACUUUUUAUGAUGUAUUAUAGGAUUUAGACUGUUUCAGCUGUAUGUUUGGCCCGUACAUGUUCUUUGUAACCCCAAUUCCUGUUGUAUCUGUUCUUAAAUCAUAAAAUGUUUUAGUUUUGAAGAACUGUGUGAAUUUUUUUUAUCUCUCAAGAUUAUUGUCUGAAUGGAAUAAAAGAGGAGAGAGAAUCUUAAUCUGAGUAAUCUCGUUUCAACUUGAAUGCUGGAAGUUGUGUUAUCAUCAAAUUAAAACAAAAGGUUUAAUAACGUCA